AUGGCGUCGCUAUAUCUAGUUCCCCGAGGAGAGGCCGACUUCGAUUUGUUCCCGUACAACCCUUCAGCCGGCGCUGGAUACGCAUUCCUCGUCAUGUUCGGAAUAACAGCUGUAAUCCAUGUCAUUUUGAUGAUCAUGUACCGUAGCUGGUAUUUUAUCCCCUUUAUAUUGGGGUGUAUAGGAGAAGCUGCCGGCUACUACGGACGAGCUUGGGCUCAUGAUAAUAUCCGUAAUGGAACACCAUAUCUCAUCCAGAUGAUGCUCAUCCUAGGAUCGGCACCUCUUCUCGCUGCAACUGUUUACAUGACCCUUGGUCGUUUGGCUCGCAAUCUUGAUGCGGCAAACUAUUGUAUAAUCAGGUCCACUUGGGUGUCAAAGAUCUACAUCCUCAUCGAUGUAGCGAGUUUCGGUUGCCAGAUGGCAGGUUCCGCGGCCCAGGCCAGUGGUGAAGAAGGCGCAAAGCAGGGAAUCUUCAUCGUCAAGAUAGGCCUUGGCAUUCAACUAGCCGCGUUCGGAUUGUUCUUGCUCAUGGCUGUGGUGCUGCACAUGAGACUCAACAGCGGCCCCACCGCUGUUUCCGAAAGGCCACAGGUGCGAUGGAGGAAGCACAUGUGGACGCUGUACGCUGUCAGCUUCUUGAUCAUUGCAAGAAGUUUGUUCAGACUCAUUGAAUUCGCUCAAGGUCCAGACGGAGAAAUCUUGAAGUCAGAGUGGAUGAUGUAUGCGUUCGAUGCGACGCUCUUACUCACGAGCACUGUGGUAUUUGCAGUAGUGCACCCUGGAAGACUGUUCAGAUACAUCCGGAAGGCAGACGGCACAGCUUGGUCGAGUCUUGAUGACGGCAAUGUGCCACUUAAUCCUUAUAAGAAAGAGUCGAGUUCUUGAAGUAUUGUACAUGGUCACCCAGUUACUCCUGAUCGUGUAGAUGAUAAGAGAUAGUUGAUAGGGGGAAAGUUUAAAAGCCAAAGUUUUUCAAAGAAUAGAUGUACCCGAGAGCCACUAGGGGAGAUUAACUGGCCAAAAAGAUACAUUAAAGUACGCCAGGUGCACGCUAGAAAUAGUUAAGUGUUAGAGUUUCAGAUCCAUGC